AUGUCCAAACCCCCCGCCCACUGGAAACGCUCCGCGCCUGGUCCACCGAGUGGCAGCCUAACCGUCGCCGGGCAACACGCGUUACCGAAGUUGCCUGUGCCCACUCUUGCGGACACGCUAGCGCGUUUACGCCGUUCUUUGCAACCCUUUGCUCACUCGCAAGAUGAGCUACACGCCGCCGAGAAAAAUAUAACAGAGUUCGAAAAUGGUAUUGCACCGGUAUUGCAGGAGCGCCUGGAGAAGCGCCAGCAAGAAACGGAGCAUUGGCUUGAGGAAUGGUGGGAUACCGGCGCGUAUAUGGGCUACCGCGACUCUGUAGUUGUCAAUGUCUCCUACUUCUAUGGCUUUGAUGAUCACCCGCCCAUGUACCCACGUGGUUCUGUCCAUCGUGCAGCCGCUCUGACACGUGCAGUGCUGCUAUUUCGUAAGUCAUACAAAUUGGGCUUACUCCCGCCCGAGGCAACGAAAGAAGGACCUAUAUGCAUGGAUACGUACCGGUGGAUGUUCGACUGCUGUCGAGUACCAGGCUCCGGAGGUGUCGACUGGGCUGAUUCUUAUGCGAAAGAAGGAGACCUUGGCGAUUCGGGACACAUCAUUGUACUUAGAAAAAAUCGAUUCUGGCGAGUGGACGUCUCCCAGAGUGGCUCGUUGCUCAGUACAUCCGACCUGGAGAGGCAACUUCAGCAUGUUUACGAUAAUACGAACAAAUUAUAUCCAGAGGUCGGCGUAUUAACGGCUUCCAAUCGGGACGUGUGGGCAAAGGACUAUGAAGAACUUAUAUCCGACCCGACGAAUGCCUCAAUUAUGCGUGACAUUCAUUCGUCUGCAUUUGUUUUGUGCCUUGACGAUCUACGCCCGGACAAUCUUGAGGCGUUUUCACGCCAGCUCUGGCACGGAGGUCGAAGCGGACGUUGGCUUGCAAAUAGAUGGGUAGAUAAGCCUGUGCAGCUGAUUGUAUGCGAUGGUGAAGACGCCCAUGCAGGAAUCAUGGGCGAACAUUCCAUCAUGGACGGAACACCGACCGCUCGUAUGUGUGACGACAUCUUAAAUGCGCUCGCCUCCUCGUCCUUUGACAAUGGCUCCCCUUCCUCGUCUUUCACUCUACCCAAACCACUGGACUGGAACAUAAGCGGUACGACUCGAGCUGCAAUAGAACGUGCUAUUGGAGCAGCGCAGAAAUUAACCGACGAUCAAGAGCUGCGCGUGUAUAAGACUUCGUAUGGUAAGCGUGCAAUUAAGACCUUCGGCGUCUCCCCGGACUCGUGGUCGCAGCUGGUCGUGCAGCUCGCUUAUGCCCGGCUUCUUGCACGCAUGGGAUGGAAGCGUAAUGGCGGCACCUACGAAGCUGCAUCGACGCGGAAAUUCGCCAAAGGCCGAACGGAAGCAGUUCGUGUCGUGACUGCUGAAAGUGAUGCAUGGGUUCGUGCGAUGGACUCGCAGGAGCCUGAUAUAAGUGAUUCAACAAGACGGGCCCUCUUCCGAAGCGCCGCAAGUCGGCACGUUCAGAAUGUACGCGAAGCUGGGGCUGCACAGGGCAUAGAUAGGCACUUACUGGGUCUCCAAACGCUUCUGCGGUCUUCGGAACCGAAACCCGCACUAUUCACUGAUCCUCUGUACUUACGCGCUAAGAACUGGGUUCUUAGCACGAGUGCAGUGUACUCUAAGCACUUCAUGGCGUAUGGGUGGGGUGAGGUCGUACCUGAUGGAUUCGGCGUUGCAUAUAUGACUGGGAGCGAUGAUGAGCUGUUCUUCAACAUCACUUCACGCGUAGAGAUGCCACUUGACGUGUUUAUGGAAGAAAUUGAGCGCGCGACGCGGGACGUACAUGUCCUCUUCGCGAAGGAGAAGAAUCCGGAUGCAAAGCUCUAA